CACGAAAAGAGAAGGCAGAGUUGAGAAAAGGGCGUUUGUUUUUGAUGAAGAUGAAGAAAAAUCGAUGUGAAAUACGAAGAUAUUGAUUAAAAAAACAGAUGAAAAAAAACUAAAACACUCAUCCAGUUAGAAGAAGGUCGCAAUGUCUUGUGGAAACCAAAGAGCGCACAGAGAUGACAGGUGAUCCGCGUGUUUUUCCUUCACCAAACACAUGUGAGACCUUUUGUCAUUAGUUCUAAUUUAUCCUUUCAUUUGACAUGCGUCACCUGUAAACAUGUCAGUCCGUCAUUCUCCAGAGAUCCAGAGAUUUGCUUCAGCUCUGAACGUUCAGCACCGUUCAUCUAUAAAUAUCCGGGAUGAUUGUUGCGGGGCGUCAGGAUGCUCCUUAACGCCACCGUCCCUCUGUCGGUGGAUUUCGACACUCUGGAGGAUUUCCUCAUCUUCAUCUUCCACAUUCUGUUCGCCACUAGCGCCGUGCUGAUCGCCGGCUCUGUGGUCAUCGGGAUUUCCUCCACCCGGUCUCUGCGAGGCCAGAACCGCUUCAUAUUCAUGCUGAACACCAGCAUCAGUGACACUCUGACCGGCUUCUCUGUCUACUACCUGGGCCUGUUCGACGUCAAGGAGGGCUACCCCUCCAGGAACGGGACCUACUACAUCCUUCCAUCAUUUCUAGGUGUUAACGUGCUAACCUUCCUCUUUGCUCAGUUUGAUCGCUACUUUGCUGUGUGUCAUCCUUUCUUUUACAACCGCUACAUAUCCAGAUCUGUCGUGAUCGGAAUUUGCGCAUUCUGCUGGAUCUACACCUACUUCAUCCUCACGGUGCAGAACAUGGUGCCCAUCUCCAAGGCGGCGCAGAUCAACGCGUUUGGUGUCAUGACUCUGCAGAUUAUAGUUCUCAUUAAAGUGCUCAUGACGAUUAAACUUUACAUUAUAGCCAGGAACCACCUGGUGAGAGAGGCGCCCAGCGCGGACAGAGACAACAAGAAGGAGUCGCUGCGCAUCAUUGUGUUUGUGGUGAUUUGUUUCUUGGCUCUGUGGUGUCCUUCCUUUGUCAAUAUCAUUGUCAGACAGUUGACCAGGAAAGGGUUGAGGUUUAAGAAUGAAGCCACCAACCUGUUUGCCAUCAUGGCGCGUCUGAACGCACUGGUCACUCCAGCUGUGUACAUCUGGGGCAGUCCUGCGCUACGCGGGGCCGUGUGGAGGACAGUGUGGAGGAGGGUCUGUCCGAGGCGCAGGGCGAGAAUUGGUUUCAACUUUGCUGGAGUGACAAGAGUAUCAUAAUGAAGCAGCAGGUUAUCCUAAAUACAGCGGACUAAAUCACCAGCUGAAUGGGCACUUUUAAAUUGUGAGUCAUCGUCAUGUUUUGAAUGUUUCCUUAAAAAUAAUCAAAAAGCACUUAGCAGAUUGGGAGGUUAAACCGUUCUUUCGCUUGUGAAUUCACCUCUUUCAUAAAAUGUAAAUAUGAUCUGUGUUGAGAUUAUGAGAGGAGAAAUCAGCUGAAAAUUUCCCCCAAAGUGCCACACACAUUUCGAGGGCAAUCCUUUUGAGGUCGCGAAUUCUGACUCUUUCUUUGGAAAUGAUGAUGUGUUUCCACUUCAAAUUACCUCUGUCUUUCUUUUCAUUAAAGCUUUUAACAGAAGAAAACAAAUUAAUGUGUGUCGAUUUCUUUUUUUUCAUACUUUUGUGGCUUUUUGGAAUAUGGAUUGGGUGCUGUACUGCAGGUUUUAGAUGAAGUUUUUUGUUGUGUUUUUGUUUUAUUAGUUUUAUGUCCAAUAUCUCAACUUGCUUUUAUUUAAUGCGCUUUUUGUAGUUUUUGGUUUUGUUUGGUAAUAAAACCAAACAAUUUUCUAAACACCUCCAUAAAUUGUUGCAAAUUCUGUUGUGCUG